AUGCCGCGCGACGACGCCGCGCGCGCGGAGGACGCGCGCGAGGGCAUCGCGCGCGCGAUCGACGCCGACGCGCGCCCGCGCGGGGGGCUGGACGCGCGGAAAUCGCGCGCGAACGCGAGCGAUGGGACAAACGUCUGGAUGCGCGGCGAGCGACGCGACGGAGCGCUGACGCGGGCGCACGGCGCGGAGGACGAUGAAACGAGAGCGCGCGACGUUGGACGCGCGUUCUGCGUCGAACGCGCGCGCCCGGGGGGACGGGAACCGAUGCGGUGGCGCGCGCUGGACGCGGCGCGGGACUUGGGCUUGCGAGACGCGUGCGAAGUCGCGACGUUCGUCGACGAUGAUGCGUGCGUGGUGUUCACGGAGGCGGGGGAUGGGGCGUACGUGAGAGAUGUGUACUCGCCGACGAUGCGAGCGACGGCGAUCGAGACGGCGUACGUGGAGGUGAAGGGGGCGCGCGCGAGGGCGACGCGGUGCGCGGCGACGGAGACGACGAGCGGGACGGCGCGCGCGGUGGUGGGGGAUUCUAAUGGGAAUCUCUACGCGGUCGAGAGCGAUGGAAAGGAUGGGGUGACGUGGAAAGUGUUUGAUCGAACGAAUACGAGUCAUUGGGUGGAUGAUAUGCACGACGAAGAAGAGGAGGAGGGGAACGGAGGGAGCGCGCCGGGCUCGCCGAUGAAAACUCCGGGAAAGAGUCGAGCUUGGGGAGCGAUCAGGUCUGCCACGAUGGCGGCUGGUGCGCUUUUAAGUCGAAGAGUGAAUGUGGGGGGCGUGCGAUCGCUCAGCUUUGUCGAUGGUUCGACGGAAACGAAGCGACGAUUGCUCGUUUGCGUGGCGGAUGGAAAGCUCGAGGAAUGGUCGCUCGACGUUUCGGUGUCGGAGAAGUCGCCCACUUUGGCGCAUGUGCACAAGCUCGGUAAGAAAAUUCAGAAAUCGUUGCGCGUGUCUUCCAAUAUCGUCUUCGUUUCUGCAGAUUGGACGCUGACGAAGGCUGGCGUGGACAUCACCGUGCUCGUCGAGUGCGACGGUAGAGGAUCGCUCCAUCGUUUUCAACGCGCUCACGGCACGGAUACGAUGAACCUCAUCGCCUCCGCCGUGCCUCCCGCGGGUGCUUUGCCCAAUAACUUCUUGCACGCAAAAGUUGUCGUCGAUGGAGAGGAUACGUUCGUGCUCGCUGGCGACGGUUCCGCCGUGAUGUUCUCAGGCGUGGAUUAUUCUCGAGUAUCGGCGCGCAUGGACGCAUCCAACCACGAACCAAUCAUCGACAUUAAACGCGUCGGUACGGGUGAGUGGCUUAUUUUGACGAAAGAGAGUGGUUGUUCUACGUUCAAACCGCACGCGAGCGGGAGGCAGACGACCCCGCGGCGUUCUGCAAAGGAGACGCCGAAGCGCACCACGCGGUCGUCGUCACACGUGACUAGUCCCAGUGCAAAUCCGGUGGACGAUACGAACGCGAGUGAGUGCGUGCGCGUAGAAUUUGAAAACUACUUCGCCGGGCAAAGUGGUCCUCUUGGUCAGACGAAGUCCCGCCUGCGAGCGUCGGGAGCGUUUGUGAGCGACGCUGCGCCGUUUGCAACGAUGAGCAAAGGUCUCGUCGAUGCGUUGCCAAAGAAGCUUUCGGGCAAAUCCACCCGUGGCGGUGGUCCAACCAUUGAAGAGCACGGUGCUGAAAAGUUAAACAGACAUCUACUCUUUCUAGAUUUCUUGACCGAGAGCGGAGCCUGGAGCGAAAUCAACGCCGAGGAACGCUCAGAGAUACUGAUGCACGGUGAAAUGAUUGCAGCCCUUUCACAGCUUCGUGGUUUGCAACACACCGUCGACGAUGAGAUGAAACCUAUGUUAGAAGAAAUUGUCACGCAUGCGGGUGCUGCGAUCAAAGAGACCGACAGCGCGUUGGAUGAAAGAUCAGAUGUGGAAGUUUGUUUCAGCCGUUCGAGCGAAGCACGCUUGAUGUUCCCAGCCGUCGUGUACGUUUUAGAAAAGAAUCUUGCGAAAAAUAAGGCAUUAGAAAAGCGUGCGAUCACGCUCGAUACUUGUGCUCGCGGGUUACUAGUGGCUUUGGAGGCGGCGAACGAUUUUAGAAGGCGACGUACUGGGCUAUAUCCACCGUUUUCAUCGAGCGUUGGCGUGAAUUGGACGUGUGAGAUUGAAGCACGCGAAGCCCUUCGCGCGCUGUCGAAAACGGCAAUUACUCUUUACAAAGAAGCUGCGCUGAGUAAGACACAUGUUGGGCUAGCUCCAGUUCUAGGAUCACGCUUGAUGGCUUCAGCGGCGCCGUUGCUCGACGCCUCGGCUGCAAACCUCAACGCAGCGCUGCCGAGUUCGACAGACCGCAUUGAAGCGCACGAUGAGUACGUGGCCGAUCGGGCGUUGGUCCUGCCCACACUUCUUGAGUGCGCCACGCACAGUACAACGGUACCACAGCAAGAUCGUCCUCAACGUGGCUCCCUGACGGAAGGCGUUGAUGUGUCCGUCGAAUCCGUCGCCGCUGUGGCAGAGGCUCACUUUGGCUACGCCGAGCUUUUCGAGAUUUGUGACGCGCCGAAUGCUACGGGCCGUCUUCAUCAUUAUAUGCGCACGCUUCUAGGUGCCCAAGAAGACGGCGAAGAGACUUUCGCGCACUUUGUCUAUCGUAAGUUGGCCAUAGUGCAAGAUCGUGCAGCGGCGUUGUUGCGCGACCUACCGGUAGAAUUCCACGGCGACUUGGAACGAUUCUUGUCGUCCCAUCCCGAUCUUCGUUGGUUGAUGGAGCUUCGCAUGGGUAAGUACGCUCGAGCUAGCGAGACGUUGGCGUCCAUCGGUAAUCGUGCCGGUACCGCUGAGGAUGAAAAACGACGAAUGUUGUCGAUGGCAAAAUUGGCCGCUCUCGCCGCGGGGGGUGACGUCGAGGAGCGUAUCGAGAGCAUUGAUGCGUCUCUGUCGGCGUGA